UUUAUUUAUUUUGUAAUUUGUGGUUCAGUUUAUUUUUUAACUACGUUAUAUUAUAAGCUAUUUUCGAUUAAUUUAAACCUAUAAUGACCAAGCAUCUCUCUCAUUCUUAUAAUUUUAUAAAAUCGACGUAUCAGUUUUAUAGACCUUUAAAUUUUAAAUAUUUCUCCACAAAUGUAAAACCUCCUUGGAGAGUUCUCUUUUUUGGUAGUGAUGAGUUUUCUUUAUACAGUUUAAAUGCUCUAUUUAAGGAAUACCAAAACAAUAAUGGGGCCUUACUCAAAGUGCUGGAUGUGGUAACUUGCUCGCAACUAAACCCAAUUUGGAAAUUUUCUACUACACACAAUUUAACUGUGCAAAAGUGGCCUCCUAACCUUGUAAGAAACAACUAUGAUUUGGGAGUAGUUGUCUCAUUUGGAAACUUAAUACCUGAGGAUCUAAUAAAUAUUUUCCCGCUAGGUAUGCUGAAUGUACAUGCUAGUUUACUACCAAGAUGGAGAGGAGCAUCUCCAAUAAUUUAUGCUAUAGCUAAUGGAGACUUAGAAACUGGAGUGACAAUAAUGAAAAUAAAUCCAAACAAAUUUGACACAGGCAACAUUCUUUGGCAAGAGAAGUGCGAUAUACCACCACACAUUGAAAUGCCAGAAUUACAUGAGAAGUUAGGGAAGAUGGGGGCAGAUUGUCUAGUUGAAACCAUCAGGCAUAUUCAUGAUAGAUUGGAGAAUUCUGUGACACAACCUCAGCAUGGGAUCACUUAUGCUCCCAAAAUAACCCCCAAAUUCGCCCGAGUAAACUGGUCGUCCUCAAAAGCCAUAAAUGUGUUCAAUUUACACCGAGCUUUAAAAUCCGUAAUGCAACCUACGACAACAUGGAACUCGAUACCUGUCAAAUUAUAUGAUAUUGACAUAUGGGAUGGGGAUCAAAGGCAAUCUGUGCAACCAGGUUUUGUUGAAUAUAGUAGAAAAAAUAAGGUGUUAAUAGUAGAGUGUGCCGAUAAAACUUGGAUUACUAUAAAAAGGGUCGGAGUACAAGGUAUGGAGCCAUUGCCAUUUAAGACGGUAGGAGGUUUGACUUACGAUGAAGUCAACACACAAAUCGACACAUUUUAUGUCGAUACACUGCCUUCGGGGUCUGAGUCAGAAAUUACUAUGGACUCCUCCGAUAUAGAGGACGAAACUUUAGUUCCUACAGAUAUGGAAGGAGAUCUGCCGGUUUCUGAGGAGGAAGAUCCAAGUGAUAAUAUCCCCCUUUCCGAACUACAACAACAGUGGUCAAAAGGUAAAAUUCCUGUUUGGUCUAAUGUUCAUAGACCUGAUCCUCUUCCUUAAUUUACCGAACCUUCUAGAAUUCCUCAGUUUAUCAAAGACAUUAAUGAUCCAACACCGUAUAUGAUUUUUGAACUGUUUAUUACUAAGGAAAUUAUUGAUACUUUAAUGUUUCAAACAAAUCUUUAUGCCGAGCAGGAAAAACUUUCAACUGGGAAAAGCUAUGUCCCUACAAAUCAGUGUGAAAUUAAUGCUUUUCUGGGCAUAAAUUUGUUAAUGGGUAUCAAACCUAAUCCCAGCUAUAAGGAUUAUUGGUCAACUGCUCCCGAAUUGCAUGAUGCUUUUAUCAGCUCAGUAAUGACCCAAAAAAGAUUUGGAUGGCUUUUGAGUCAUCUCCAUCUGAAUAAUAAUUCUCUGAUGCCUCCAAAAUCUUCCCCAGACUAUGAUAGGCUCUAUAAAAU